AUGAAGCACCAAUAUCAUCAUUCAGAGAAUGGAAGUAAUAGUAUGAAUAGCAAUACGAACGAUCGGAAUACUGUUAAGUUUCUUCCAACAACAACAACUAUUCAUAUUUCCCCUAAUGGUAGUGGAUCUUCCUAUUCUAAUCAUAUGUCAAAUAGGCAUUCUGGAAAUUUUCAAGAUAUUCAACAACUAUCAGUAGAUCAAUUAUUAAUUGUAAUGGAUCAUAUUAAUGUAGCUGUUAAGAAUAAUGAAUUUACUGCCUCAUUAGCUAAUAAUAUUUUUUUAUUAUGUCAACAAUUAAAAUUAAUGGGAGGAAUGUUAGAACAAACUCAUAAGAUAAAUCUUAACAAAGUAUUUAUAUCUUUACGUCAAGCUUGUUGUAGAGAUUCUGGACAAUUAGGUACACCAUGUCGUUUAAAAAUUAUGGAACUUAUUGAACUUCGUGCCAUGGGAUGGAGACCUAAUUUGGCUCAUACACAAUAUUAUUUAAAUCAUCAAUCUAAAAAUGAAAAUAAAGAUAAAAUGACAAGUUCUGUUAUUGGAGCAUCAACAGCAUUUAAUACAAUACCUGUUGGUGCUAUAAAUUUUGUUCCAGCUCCAACAACAACAGCUGCACCUUUAUUUGUUACAGGUGAUCAAACUGCUGCUGCUGGUGGUACAGCUCAAGGAUUUUAUAUAAUACCAGCUACAAAUGGUAUACCAUCAUGGGGUACAACCAUUCAAACUCAACCUAUUCAUCAACCAAUAAAUGAUGCUGAUACUGGAGCAUGGACUGCUAGAAAUGCCUUAUUUAAUAAUUGUAAUUUAAAUAAAAUAUUUCCAAAUGAUGGAACAUUUCCUGUAGUACAUAUGCGUCAAAAAUCUAACAAUAAAAUUCCCCAAAUACGUGAAGAAAUAACAAUAAGAAAUGCUGAUUCAGGUAAAAUAAUGGGUGUUAAAGGUAGAAGAAUAGCUGUUGUUGAGGAAUUAUCUAAAACUGUAGUAUCAUUUCAAAAAGUUGAUUCAAAAUCUAAAGAUCGUAUAUUAACAAUAACUGGAACAUCACAAGAAAGUAUUGAAUAUGCUAAAAAACUUAUUGAAGAAACAAUUAGAAGAAAUAUUUCACCAUCAAGAGAGUUACUAGAGAAUGAUGAAGUUAUAAUAAAAGAAGGAAAUGAUAAUAAUAUUGAUAAUAUGGGAAUAAAAAUUGAAACUGAGGCUGAUGGAACAUUACGUUUAAGUUGUUCUAAUCCUCAAUACCUUACUGCAGCACAAAAUGCUUUAACUGAUUAUAUUAAUAGAAUAGGAAGAUCCAAUAGAUUAAGUAUGGAUGAAAAAGAAUUAAGAAGAGAAAGGAGAAAGAGUAUGCCAUUAAAUAUGGGAGGAGGAGGUGGUGGACAAAAUGAUAACAAUAAUAUAUCAAAUAAUAAUAGAAAUAGUUUUCAUCAUUGCCAUAGUAGAAGUUCUUUCCGUGAGAAACGUUCUUAUACUGGCUCAACUCCAAAUCUUAUAGAAGGUGUUGCUGGUUCUUCAGGAACGAACCAAAAUAAUAAAAUAUCGUAUACCCGAAAAGAACUGCAGGCGAUUGCUGAACAAAACAAUACGAAUAACAAUGAAAUUGACGAACCUAUAGCACGAAUGAUUAACGAGACGAUACCUGAAAUUUCAAGAAUGCGUAUUGAUGAACAAAAAAAUUAA